CGUCUUGAAAGCGUCUGAAAUUUUUUUUAAAGAGACGCGAGAGAGCGAGAACCAGAGAGAUUUGUCUACCCUGUGUGACGGUGCUUCGAUCAACACAAGUGGCCAGUUGAUAAAGAAGGACUCCUCACAAUGGCACAGUUUGGUUUGGAAAACGACAUCAGUAACACCCUGAAGUUGGACGUGCCCAUCACAAAUGCGCCGAUUGCUCGCUGGCAGAGAAAGGCGAGCUCGUCCAACAUGUCCAUGAACGGUUUGUCCCCUGGGAAGUCUGCUAAUGUCUCCAUGAAUUCCUCCAAGACACCGGGAAAAACACCAGGCCGGAUGAGAAAAGUAACUCCGACAAGGAUGAUGGGAGGUGACCGCUUCAUUCCGGUCAGGAACACAAAACAAAUGGAAGUGGCUAGUUUCCUGCUGACAAAGGAGAAUCAGCCUAAGGAUACCAACACUUCAGCAGCAUCAUUGGAACAUCAGAAAGCAUGGUCCGUGGCGCUGAAUGGAUUCGACAUAGAAGAAGCACGCAUCCUGCAGUUCAGUGCAAAACCAGCCGCUCUCCCAGAUGGACAGCACAGUUCCUUGAAGUCCGUCUACAAUCAGACCGUCACUCCUAUGGCCAGCAAAAAAACACGAUACAUAUCUUCAAUGCCAGAAAAAAUCCUUGACGCUCCUGAGCUUAAGAAUGAUUUUUAUUUGAAUCUGCUCGAUUGGAACAGUCGGAAUGUUGUGGCUGUGGCGCUCCACAAUAGCGUCUAUCUGUGGGAUGCUACGCAAGGAAACAUUACUCACCUCAUGACCAUGGAGCGGGAGAUGGACUAUGUCAGUUCCCUGUCUUGGGCCAAGGAUGGAAACUACCUUGCAGUUGGGACCAGUGACUGUGCUGUCCAAUUGUGGGACGUAGAGCAGGAGAAAUGCCUGCGCAGCAUGGCCAGCCAUUCUGCAAGAGUCUGCAGCAUGAGCUGGAAUCAACACAUCCUUUCAAGUGGCAGCAGGUCAGGACAGAUUCACCACCAUGAUGUGAGGGUAGCGGACCACCACAUCUUUACCCUGAAAGGUCACUCGCAGGAGGUGUGCGGGCUCCAGUGGUCUCCAGACGGCCGCUACCUGGCCAGCGGAGGCAACGACAACACUGUGUGCAUUUGGCCCCGCGUAUCACAGGGCCGCGGGGAAAUGAGCACCUCGGUGCGCACCUGGGAUCUCCACAAAGGAGCGGUCAAGGCCCUGGCCUGGUGUCCGUGGCAGUCUAACAUCCUGGCCUCUGGUGGAGGCUCCACUGACUGUCACAUCAGAGUGUGGAACAUCAACAGUGGCUCCUGCCUCAGUGCACUGGACACCCAAUCACAGGUCACGGCCCUUGUGUUUGCUCCAAACUACAAGGAGCUGGUUUCGGCACAUGGUUAUGCAGACAAUAAUAUCAUCAUCUGGAAGUACCCAUCCCUGAUGAAAGUGGCAGACCUUCGUGGACAUGAGGACAGAAUCCUUAGUAUGGCCAUGAGCCCAGACUGCUCCACGGUCGCCAGCGUGGCAGCGGAUGAGACCAUCCGCCUGUGGAGGAGCUUCGAGGAGGACCCCAAAAAGCCCAAAGACAAGAUCGUCCGAUCUCUGAGGACUGCCUUAUCUCAGUCCAUCAGAUGAAUUUUUUUUCCUUUUUUUUUUUUUUGUUGCCAUAUGAUGUAUGGACACUAAUUUAAUCUGCAAUAAAGUUUUUG